AACGCCUCUCUCUUUGCAAUUUCUAGAACUCUCUGCUUUCCCCUUAAACCCUCAAUUCACUGGCCAUACGGGUUAUUACAGCAUUUCCACUUCUCGACUAACAACACUAUCUUUCUUUCUUCUGCUCCGUAAACUCUCUCGAGGAGUCCAUGGCUCCCGUUCUAAGCAGAAGCUUACUGACUGCUUCUUUGACUUCUCUUCCCUUGUCAACUCCGUUUUCGUUUAAAAACCCUAGAGGCAGCUUGAAUCUCAGGAGCGUUUUUCUGCCGCCAAAUGGUCUAAAAAAGGGUCUUUCUUGCAGUGGAUUGAACUGGAAGCUUGAGAAGGGGAAUAACCGGAUUGCGGUUAGGUGCGAGGCAGCGGUUGCGGAGAAAGAAGAGACUGAGAGCUCGGGCGAGAAGUUUGAAUACCAAGCUGAGGUUAGUCGCCUUUUGGAUUUGAUAGUUCAUAGUUUAUACAGCCACAAAGAGGUUUUUCUUCGGGAGCUUGUGAGCAAUGCAAGUGAUGCCCUGGAUAAGCUUAGAUUCUUAAGUGUGACAGAGCCCUCUUUGCUUGGAGAAGCAGGGGAUCUUGAGAUACGCAUCAAGCCUGAUCCUGAUAACGGGACCAUUACCAUCAGAGAUACUGGAAUUGGAAUGACCAAAGAGGAACUUGUGGACUGUCUUGGAACUAUUGCUCAGAGUGGUACUUCAAAAUUCUUGAAGGCUCUUAAGGAAAAUAACGAUCUUGGAGCAGACAAUGGUUUGAUCGGCCAAUUUGGUGUUGGGUUCUAUUCUGCCUUUCUAGUUGCUGAAAAGGUUGUUGUGUCCACAAAGAGCCCAAGGUCUGACAAGCAAUAUGUUUGGGAAGCAGAAGCUGACAGUAGUUCAUAUGUGAUUAGGGAAGAAACCGAUCCUGACAAGGUCCUACCCCGUGGAACACAAAUCACUCUUUACUUAAGGGAGGAUGACAAGUACGAAUUCUCAGAGCCGACUAGAAUUCAGAACUUGGUGAAGAAUUACUCUCAGUUUGUUUCGUUUCCCAUCUAUACAUGGCAGGAAAAAUCAAGGACCGUAGAGGUGGAAGAGGAGGAAGAACCAAAAGAAGGAGAGGAACAAAAGCCAGAGGGUGAAAAGAAAACAAAGAAAACCACCAAGACUGAGAAGUACUGGGAUUGGGAAUUAGCCAAUGAAACAAAGCCCAUAUGGAUGCGUAAUGCAAAGGAAGUUCAGAAGGAGGAAUAUCAUGAAUUUUACAAGAAGACUUUUAAUGAAUUUUUGGAUCCACUUGCAUACACUCACUUCACCACAGAGGGGGAAGUUGAGUUUAGGAGUGUUCUAUACAUUCCAGGAAUGGGGCCUCUAAACAACGAAGACGUGAUAAAUCCAAAAACAAAAAACAUUCGUUUGUAUGUGAAGCGUGUUUUUAUCUCAGAUGAUUUUGAUGGAGAGUUGUUCCCAAGGUACUUGAGCUUUGUUAAGGGUGUAGUGGACUCGGAUGAUCUUCCUCUUAAUGUUUCUCGAGAAAUCCUUCAAGAAAGCCGAAUUGUAAGAAUUAUGAGGAAGAGACUUGUCAGGAAAACAUUUGACAUGAUUCAAGAGAUCUCUGAGAGUGAAAACAAAGAGGAUUAUAAAAAGUUCUGGGAGAACUUUGGCAGGUUUUUAAAGUUAGGAUGCAUUGAGGACACUGGUAAUCACAAGCGCUUAACGUCAUUGUUACGGUUCUACACUUCCAAAAGUGAAGAGGAACUAAUAAGCUUGGAUGAGUAUGUUGAGAACAUGGCUGAGAACCAAAAGGCUAUCUAUUACUUGGCAACAGACAGCUUGAAAAGUGCAAAAACUGCUCCAUUCUUGGAGAAAUUGGUUCAGAAGGACAUUGAGGUUCUGUACUUAAUUGAGCCUAUUGAUGAAGUUGCCAUCCAGAAUCUGCAAACCUACAAAGAAAAAAAAUUUGUUGAUAUCAGCAAGGAAGAUUUGGAGCUUGGUGAUGAGGAUGAGGUCAAGGAAAGAGAAACAAAACAGGAGUAUAAUCUUCUCUGUGAUUGGAUAAAGCAACAGCUUGGUGACAAGGUUGCCAAAGUCCAAGUUUCAAAGCGUCUAAGCUCAUCUCCUUGUGUGCUUGUUUCUGGCAAGUUUGGAUGGUCGGCUAAUAUGGAGAGGCUGAUGAAGGCUCAAGCCCUUGGAGACACUUCAAGUUUGGAGUUCAUGAGGGGCAGGAGAAUAUUGGAGAUUAAUCCAGAGCAUCCAAUUAUAAAAGACUUAAAUGCUGCAUGUAAGAAUUCGCCAGAUAGCAGCGAUGCCAAGCAAGCUGUUGACCUCUUAUAUGAUACAGCAUUGAUCUCAAGUGGAUUCACCCCUGACAGCCCAGCGGAGUUGGGGAACAAGAUCUAUGACAUGAUGGCCAUGGCCCUUGGUGGAAGAUGGGGUCGAGCAGAAGAUGAGGUAAAGGAAGCAUCAGAAGAAAAUGCUACCGAGUCUAAUGCAGGCGAGGGAGAAGCCUCUGAGGCAGAAGUAAUUGAACCAUCAGAGGUGAGAGCAGAGAAUGACCCAUGGAACGAUUAAUUAAUAGGUAAAGAAUUAGCCAAAAUUUUGACUUUUUAGUGGACCAAUCCUAUACUUUAACGAGAAGAUAGGGAUACUUUGUUUCCAUGGCGAUGGGGGAGAAGAGAGAGUGCUUAUCAUGUGAGAAAAAGGAAUCCAGAUUGAAAUGUCCGAAAAUCAUAAUGAAAUUUAGCCCCACUUCAAAGAACUCAUUACACUCUACUGAUGCCUUAUAGAUGUCUAAGGCUUUAAUUCUAUUAAAUUCUUAUUUUAUUGAAUGUUUACAUACUAGAGUUCAUAUUAGUUCAUUUAGUCAUGAUGUCAAAAGAGAAUAUGUUAUUUUUACUGAUAAACAUUGCCGCUGGAGGAAUUCUUCAGG